AUGAUCCAUUUCCAUUUCCAUUCUUCCCUUCGCUGUCUUCCUUGUCUGAUCGCAGUAGCUUUAGCAAGGACUAUCGGAUCUGACGGAAGAACCGCGAGUAUGAUAACAGAUCUUGUUUUCCCCUUUCUAAUUGUGGGUGUAUCGGGGACUUCCGGGGAAUCAAGCUCAUCAAAACCUUGCCCUCGGUGGGACAUUGACUUAAAUCGUCCUCCAGCGGCUGAGCCGGAGCCUGCCUCCUCCACAUCGGACCACCCGAAGGAGGUAGUGGAUCAAGCUCUCUCGGAAGCGGAGGAUAGGAUUCUGUAUCGAUUACGCCCAUUCCCUCAAGCAAAUGCGGACAAGCUGCUUAUGGAGGAAGCGCGAGCGAUCGCUCAACUAAAAGAAAGGGCAGAUUGUCGAUCGAAUGGCGCAAUUGGAUUCCGCCUUGGCCCUAUGCCUUUUGGCGAGAAAAAAAAUGCAAUUCAUUUCAUUAUUGGGGAGUCAAUCCUUACGAAUAGGCAAACUGAGUAUCCUUCCCAUAAACUGUCUCAGAUGCUUGAGGAAUUGUGUCGCGCGGAUGCCCACACAUCCUCUAUCUACUUUUAA